AUGCCAACGGAGGGCCGCCGAGAGCACCUGGGCCGGCACCGCCGGUCGGCGCUCGUGGAAGGAGGCGCACGACGCCGCAAAGGAGAUCCAGGACAGGCUCCAGCGCAUCAUCUCGGGCUCCGCCGAGAGGGUGUCCGAGCUCGACGCGCUCUCCACGGGCUGGGGCGCGCGGGCUCCCAGGGUGCCGCCGGUGCCGCAGAGUCCGCCCAACCCCGCCGAGGCUCGCAAGAUUGGCGACCGCCGCCUGAAGCCCUUUGGCAAAAACGCCAUGGGGGAGGCGUUGCAGGGAUGGUUCGAGGCGCCGGAGGGCGAGGCCUACCGGGACCUGGAGCAGGACCCGCCCGUUCUCGCCUUCGGCAUCCUCGGCAAGGGCUCCGUCGUCGGCACCUCCCCCCCGGAGCUGCUCGAGCUCCCGGAGCGGCUCUACCCCGUGCAGCUGACCGCGGGCGCCCAGGACGACCCGGGCGCUGGGCCCGAGGAGAACCGCCUGUGGAAGGAUUCCAUUCGAAGCUCGUGGUCGAGCAGCUGGAGCUCCUCUGGCCGGACGCCGAGCGGGCGGCGGCGAGCGUGCAGGCCGCGGAGGCGCGGGCGGAGGCGCGCGUGCCGGCGGAUCUGGCCGCGUUCCGGCGGCGGGCGCUUGACGCCAUGGAGGAGUCCUGCCCGGACCCGACGGUGCAGAGGCCGGAGCUGGAGAGGUGCCUGGGCAGGAUGCAGUCGGACAAGGGCUUGCUGCGCAAGCUGUACUGGCUGGAGAACAAGGUCCUCGAGCUGGAGGGCUGCAACAACCAGCUGUCGCGGAUGAGGGCGGAGGCCCAGGAGCUGUCGAAGGGCAGCGCCGACCUGGAGCGGAAGAUGCGCUCCUGCUCAACCAUGGAGGAGCGUGCCUAUGGCUGCAGGGUGGACAUCUGGAACAUCGCGGACGCGGUUAGAGGUGCCAUGGAGAUCGAGGCUGCGGAGAAGCAGAUAGGGAAGGGCGUGGCAGAUUUUUUUAGUGGUCUGAACCCGUUCAGAUAG